AACACACUGCACAACCGCCUACCCACCAAACCCCCUCGGCCCCUAUAUAUACACAGCGCCCACCUCUGCCUCACUUCAAUUCCCAUUCUCCCCUGUAUCUUGUUUUUACCUCCGCUCAAAACUUCCUCACUUCUCGCCAUUUUGCAGGCAUUAGUCUACACAAAAGUUGAUCAUGGCGCCAGCAGGGGAUUCAAUUAAGCCGAGAGAUGUUUGCAUUGUUGGUGUUGCCCGGACGCCCAUGGGUGGAUUUCUUGGUUCUCUUUCAUCAUUAUCAGCUACCAAGCUUGGAUCUAUUGCAAUUGAGAGUGCUCUAAAGAGAGCGAAUGUUGAUCCAUCAUCUGUACAAGAAGUUUUCUUCGGAAAUGUACUCAGUGCAAACUUAGGACAGGCUCCUGCCAGGCAGGCAGCAAUAGGUGCAGGGAUUCCUAAUACAGUUGUCUGCACAACUGUGAAUAAAGUCUGUGCCUCUGGAAUGAAAGCAACUAUGCUUGCGGCCCAGAGCAUCCAGUUGGGCAUCAAUGAUGUUGUAGUGGCUGGUGGCAUGGAAAGCAUGUCCAAUGUCCCAAAGUACCUGGCAGAGGCAAGAAAAGGAUCUCGACUUGGACAUGACUCUCUUGUUGAUGGAAUGCUGAAAGAUGGACUGUGGGAUGUCUAUAAUGACGUUGGCAUGGGGGUUUGUGCUGAAUUAUGUGCUGAACACCAUAGUAUUACAAGAGAGCAGCAGGACGAUUAUGCAGUCCAAAGCUUUGAGCGUGGAAUUGCUGCUCAAGAUGCUGGUGCCUUUGCAUGGGAGAUUGUCCCGGUUGAAGUAUCUGGGGGAAGAGGAAGACCAUCCACAACUGUUGAUAAGGACGAAGGUUUAGGAAAGUUUGAUGCUGCAAAGUUGAGGAAGCUAAGACCAAGCUUCAAGGAAACUGGUGGAACUGUAACAGCUGGCAAUGCAUCUAGCAUAAGUGAUGGUGCUGCUGCUCUUGUUCUAGUGAGUGGAGAGAAGGCACUGAAGCUUGGGCUUGAAGUCAUUGGAAAGAUCACUGGAUAUGCUGAUGCUGCUCAGGCCCCAGAAUUAUUUACAACUGCACCAGCUCUUGCAAUUCCCAAAGCAAUUUCAAAUGCUGGUUUAAAUGCAUCUGAAAUAGACUAUUAUGAAAUCAAUGAAGCCUUUGCGGUCGUUGCUCUUGCAAAUCAGAAGCUAUUGGGCCUUAGUCCAGAAAAAGUCAACGUACAUGGUGGUGCUGUAUCACUGGGACACCCUCUUGGUUGCAGUGGAGCUCGUAUCUUGGUCACUCUUUUGGGGGUGCUGAAGCAGAAGAAUGGAAAGUAUGGAGUCGGUGGUGUUUGCAACGGAGGAGGAGGUGCUUCAGCCCUCGUCUUGGAACUUGUCUAAUCUUUUUCAACUUUUGACUUCUUCCAGCUGAUGUAUCUUGCAGCUGCCGUUGGUCGUUAGCCGCAUCGAGAACAUGAGGGCAAACUAGACUUUUCAGUUCCAUAACUUCUUGUUGAUUUUAUUUUCCCCAUUUUUUUCUCCUUUUCUUCCCAAUAAAAUCAAUGUACUUAGACUGUAGAAGAGUGUGUAUUUCUGAUGCAAGAAAAGGGUGUAUCACUAUUUUCUCAAUAGAUGUUCCUUUGGUAUCCAAA